AAAGAAUCUCCAUGCCCAGAUCAUAGAGAAGGACGCUAUGAUCAAGGUGCUUCACCAGCGCUCCAGAAAGGAACCCAUCAAGUCAGACGCGCCAUCUGCCAUGAGGCCGUCCAAGUCUCUGAUGUCCAUCUCCAACACUGGCUCCGGUGGUUCAGGACUGCUCUCCCACAGCCUAGGACUUAGUAGCUCGCCCAUUACCGAAGAACGCAAGGACACCAGCUGGAAGGGCAGCCUGGGGGUUCUGCUGGGUCCUGAGUUUCGUACAGAGUCUCUGAGGACAGAGUCUAUCUCAUCAUCCCCCUCCCCAGUGCUUCCUUCCACCCCGAUGACCGCAGGCCACUCGAAGACAGGCAGCAGAGACAGCUGCACGCAAACCGAGAAGGGCCAGAGUCAGGACACCAGCAAGCCCAGCACUCCAGCCCUGCAGAGCAUGACGCUGCCUGCCCGCCUAUCCAGUCCCAGUCCUGUCUACAUCCCUGACCGCAUAGCAGAUGUGCCAGUGUUUCACAGCAGCACCCUGGAGCGGAGGUUCCCUGUCCAGUCCCACCCACAGCAACAGGCCCCUCCUCCAGCUCUGCCCACCCAACAGGAAGUGGACAACGACAUGGUGGAGAUCCUCAUCUGAACCUAUGACCUCUGGAAAAAAAAACAUCAUCCAAACAAAUGAGUGGAUGGCAGCUCUACCAGGCAAACACAGUGACAGACAUGUCAAUUUUGCCAGCUCAGUCUGUGUUUGACUGACCCACACCAACACACAUUUUCAUUCUCAUAUUCACACGUGCAUUCAUUCAAACACUUCCAGCGUGACUGCAGGUUCUCACAUUUCCUUCACUGAACCGCUGUUUAUCAUCCAUCAUAUUAGUAUAGCCAGAAAUAAGUAGCAGAAGGCAGAAAAGAUCUUGUCUCAUCUCAGUGGUUUCCUAAAUGUGUAUUAAGAGGACGUGAACGUAAAAAUGUAAAAGUUCAUAGCCCCAUAUUUAUUUUUCGAAUGCAUCUUUGUAAGCUGCCUUAGUGCUUUCUUUUUCACAAUGAUGUGACACAUUUAACUUGUCGACUGAUGUUUGAAGUUGAACGAGCUGAAGGGUUAGGCAUAACCCUUUUUUUAAAGGUUGACACAGUUGACAUUAAUGAGAUAGAAAAACUAUAAAAAGGAGUGGGCAAAGAUACAAGCCAAAAUCUUCCUUAAAAUUCAACAUAAAGAGCAUCCACAUACACAUGCAUUUUGAACUUUUCCAUUUAAGGUGAAGGAUUUCUCUCUUUGUCCCUGUUGUGUGACUCCCUGGGGUCAAUGUCUAAGAUUUUGUUUAAAUGCACUACUUUUUGACCUGGGGUGUUUAGUGUCAUUGUUAGUGUAUGUACAGAGUAAUUGUGUCCAUAUUAACGGCAGCAACAAUGGCAUAUCAGCAUGUUUGCAAAAAAUUACAAGCAAAUGAUUAAUGAUGAGGAAACUGGCUUUGCUACAAGGAUUUAGCUGUGAGGGGAAGCAGCUUGUUGCCUGGAGACAUGAGAGAGGUGUGUAAACUGUCCUGUACAGUGUUGCUUGAGGCUCAUUAGCUCCAUUGGACCAAAUGUAUCAGCGACAUUAUUAUUAUUAUUUUUUAAUGGUAGUUAGACAUGACACUUGGGUGAUCAGUAAUGAUGUAAACUAUAAACAUUGUUAAUUGUGUAAGUAGGGUAAAUACUUUGUGUAUGUACUGUCAUGGCUGUGGAGGGUUCUGACAGCUAAGCCUUUCAGUCGUUACAUUUCCACAACUAUUGAAUUAGGCAGUUUGGAUGUUGCCUUUUUGUUAGCAGACUUGUUUUGCUCCAUGGUUGGUGCAAAGUAACUGGCCCUGUUUGGUACUGGCACAAGCGCGCUGACAUCUCUCCCUGAGUAAAACUACUCAAUCUGAUGAGCUUUCCCUUUUUUGUUAAUCAGUUGACAUAGCCCUCCUCCCUGUACACCAAGCUGUAAACUCAUCUCCUCAAUGGCAACAAAUGUUCAUUUUCCUGUCAGAGAUGCAUUUAAAAUAUAGGAUAUAGGAUGAACAACACUAAAGUGUAUCGUAGCAGAAAAGGGAUACCUUGGCCAACUGAAGUCAAAGUGCUGCAUGGAUCAGCAAAUACGCACAGUUGUUUACGAAACACUGAAAGCAGGUUUUCCUGAACAGUUCUUUCACCUAGCUCCUAAAAUGGCCAUGUGUAAUUAGAUAGCGUUUAUUAUCAUGAAUAAAAUGUAGCUCUGUGAACGUGUAGUUAGACCAGAUCACACAAACUAACCUGCUUUCUCUUGGCUGCCUCCCUGCCUGGACAACAUGAAUGUUCUGCUUUUACUGUAGUUAAUGCAAUAUCGUUAUUUCAGCUGAAACACCUUACCAUGUUGCUUCACUAGAUUUUAAUCAUAUACUUGCAGUAAAUACAUGUGUAAAUAGGCAGUGUUUUUACUGUUCUUUAUCUUAUUUAAUUUGUAACACCUUAUCCUGUUAAUUCAAAACAUUUAAUUAUAUACUCACGACGACAAAUAGCUUUGAUAUCAUCCUACAUCAGCCACACGUUUUAUUCAUUCUUUCUUUCCAUUUUGACUUUCCCAUUCCUUUGUGUAAUUACUGGGGAACUUCACUGAUUAUCAGCGUUGGGAUCGAGAGGCGGGCUCCAGCGGGUGGCGAGUAUCAGUAUGUAAAGAUUUUUUUUAUUCUUUUUUCUGCAAAGUAAGCUCAAUAUUGGGGGCCUAAACAAACUCGAAAACUCACCAAACUUUGCACACAUGUAAGAAGUGGUGAAAAAUUUCGUAUUUU